AUGGAGGCGUACUGCAUCCUGGCACUACAAUUUUGCGAUGGCGAGGAUCUUAUUUCUUUGUACUGGUCCACAUGGACUAUGAUCCAAGUCGGAUCCUUGAUUGCCAUGAUUGGAAUUAUCCUUGCUCUGGCUCACACUCUUCGAGGACGACAGCAUCCACCAUGGGCUCUCGCUCUCGGUACACCAGUUCUUGUCAUUGCUGGUUUCCUUCACCUCUUCCACGACUUCACCAAGAAGAGAAUCAAGAACCAUCGUCGUCGCAAGAAUGAUUUUGACGAUAUGAUGGGUCCUCCCAUGAGCCAAGCUAACACAAUCUCGGUCAAUCCCGACGAAGAGAUGGAUGAUGAUGAGUACAAAGCUCAGGUUAUCGGACUUACUUUUGAUGGCGGCCCUAUUAUUCGCUUCAUCGAUGCCGUCCCCGAAACUCUUCCCGAGCAUGCUCAACUACUGGGAUACUGCCCCAAGAGCAAGCCUAUCGUCAUGUGCAAGCGAGAAGCCAUUCAGUUCCUCAUGGAUUCUCCAGCCCAAGUUCCACCUUCGGCUUCUCCUUAUCGCAAGGGUAGUCGAUAG